AUGGAUACCCCUGGCUAUCUUUCAUCGGCGCCCACCACCUUGGAACCUGGGAACAGCUCCAUGGCCUGGCCCCUGGACGUCACCCUGGGAAACGUGUCAGCGGCCCCAAGUGGGGCGGGGCUGGCUGUCCGCGGCGUUCUGAUCCCACUGGUCUACCUGGUGGUGUGCGUGGUGGGCCUGCUGGGGAACUCGCUGGUCAUCUACGUGGUCCUGAGGCACACGGCCAGCCCGUCGGUCACCAACGUCUACAUCCUCAACCUGGCGCUGGCCGACGAGCUCUUCAUGCUGGGGCUGCCCUUCCUGGCGGCCCAGAACGCCCUGUCCUACUGGCCCUUCGGCUCUCUCAUGUGCCGCCUGGUCAUGGCCGUGGACGGCAUCAACCAGUUCACCAGCAUCUUCUGCCUCACGGUCAUGAGCGUGGACCGCUACCUGGCGGUGGUGCAUCCCACCCGCUCCGCCCGCUGGCGCACGGCCCCGGUGGCUCGCACGGUGAGCGUGGCCGUCUGGGUGGCCUCCGCCGUGGUGGUGCUGCCCGUGGUGGUCUUCUCGGGGGUGCCCCACGGCAUGAGCACCUGCCACAUGCAGUGGCCCGAGCCGGCGGCCGCCUGGCGUGCAGCCUUCAUCAUCUACACGGCCGCGCUGGGCUUCUUUGGGCCGCUGCUGGUCAUCUGCCUCUGCUACCUGCUCAUCGUGGUCAAGGUGCGCUCGGCCGGGCGGCGGGUGCGGGCACCCUCGUGCCAGCGGCGGCGGCACUCGGAGCGCAGGGUCACGCGCAUGGUGGUGGCCGUCGUGGCACUCUUCGUCCUCUGCUGGAUGCCCUUCUACGUGCUCAACAUCGUCAACGUGGUGUGGCCCCUGCCCGAAGAGCCCGCCUUCUUCGGUCUCUACUUCCUGGUGGUGGCGCUGCCCUAUGCCAACAGCUGUGCCAACCCCAUCCUCUACGGCUUCCUCUCCUACCGCUUCAAGGAAGGCUUCCGCAGGGUCCUGCUGCGGCCUUCCCGCCGCGUGCGCAGCCAGGAACCUUCCACUGGGCCUCCGGAGAAGGCCGAGGAGGAUGAGGGGGAAGAAGACAGGGAGGAAGAUGGGGAGGAGGGGCCCUCGGAGCAGGGGCAGCAGAAGGAGACGAAUGGCCGGGUCAGCCUCAUCACACAGCCUGGCAGCAGCAGGCAGCAGCGGCCGCCCAGCGGCUCGGCCAGUAAGCAGAAGCAGUUCCUGCCCCAGGAGCCCGCAGCUGGGGGCAAGUCGGGCGCGCUGCACAUCAGCUAUCUGUAGGGGCCUGCGGGACUCCAGCGUGGUCCAAGCACGGGGGCGCGGAGGCUGUGGGUGCCCCGGUUCCGUGAUGGGGCGCGUGGAGGCCUGGGCUCUGAUCCCGUUGCUGCUGAGA